CACAAUCGCGAUAGGGAACGACUGGAGAGAGAGAAGGGGCUCUUAAAAGAAAAAAAGUGAGACGGAAACACUGCCAUUCUUCUUCUCAUAUCUUUCUUUCCCAGUUCGAUUAUAACUUUGCGUUCUGCGGCGAUUUAAAAGAAAAUGACGUAAAACAAGACAGGGAAACACUUGCAUAGUUUCAGCGAGAGGCAGACAGAGAAAAUUCAUAAACCUCUCUGUAUCUUUUCCUGUAUUUAUUACUACUUAAAUCCAGUUUAGGGUUUUGUUUUUUUUUGGUUCAGAACAAGAUUACCCAGAAACCAAAAUUGAAUCUAGGGUUUUUCUAGUUCUGUGUGUUUAUCAUAUUAUUGUAAUCGAUUUCUCAUCUUAAUUUGUUUCAAUGGCGGAAGUGAUGAAUAUGCCAGCAGAAUCACUGGAUCGACGUCGCGACCGUCAAUCAGAAAAGAAAGAGAAAUCCGAUGAUGAAACUCCAUCAACUCUUUCAUCACAACAACCUCCAUCAGCAAUACCACCUGCUUCUAGAAGAAGGGAUAGAGAUUCAAGAGAGAGAAGAGUAGAUGAUACUGAUCGGCCUGGUCCCGGUGCUCCUGGUGGUGGAAACCGAAAUAACAGAGAUUAUCACCAUGAUAAUAAUAACCGUAAUCUUCCUCGGGAUAGGGAAAGAGAUAGAGAAAGGGAUAAUAAUAAUAGGGAUAGAGAGAGGGACUACAAACGGCGAGGUAGCCCUAGCCCUCCUCCUCCAUACCGAGACAGACGAGGUCAUUCACCACCACCUUUUAAGCGUUCACGUAGAGAUGAUGGUCCUAACUUUGAUGGUCGCAGAGGUAGCCCUAGGGGUGGUGGUGGUGGAGGAAGAGGAGGCGGCUUUGGACCUCCUGAUGAUAGAAGGUUUGGCUAUGAUUAUGCUGGGGGAUAUGAACGUGGUGGACCAGGGGGUAGAGGUUAUGGUGAUGAAAGGCCUUACGGUCGGCAUAUGAAUCGGCCACCUGGGGGAUAUCAUAAUGGACCUUCUGACUGGGACUCUGGACGUGGUGGUUUCAAUGAUGCCUUAAACGGCGGCAGUAUGCAAAGGGAAGGCUUAAUGUCGUAUAAGCAAUUUAUUCAAGAGCUUGAAGAUGACAUACUGCCGGCUGAAGCUGAGCGCAGGUAUCAGGAAUACAGAUCAGAGUACAUUACUACUCAGAAACGUACUUUCUUUGACGCACACAAGGAUGACGAGUGGCUUAAAGACAAAUAUCACCCAACAAAUUUAGUAUCAGUUAUUGAAAGGAGGAAUGACGCUGCUCGCAAAGUUGCAAAAGACUUUAUGUUAGAUUUGCAGAGUGGAACGCUGGACAUUGGCCCAGGUGUAAGUCCUACAUUAGCAAGCAAAUCAGGAAACGCAAGUGAUCCCAACUCUGAGGAUGAAGCAGAAACUGGCAGCAAAAGAAGAAGACACGGCAGAGGACCUGCGAGAGAGAAUGGCCUUCUUUCAGCGGCUCCAAAAGCUCAUCCAGUAAGUUCUGAACCCAGAAGAAUUGAAGCUGACAUUGGACAGGCACAGUCUCUUGUACGUAAACUUGACAAAGAAAAAGGUAUAGAAGAAAAUAUAUUAUGCACUGCAGAUAAUGACAAAGACGGUGCCAAAUCUCAUACUGGAUCCAUGGGCCCGAUUAUAAUAAUUCGAGGAUUGACAUCUGUUAAGGGUCUCGAGGGGAUGGAACUAUUAGAUACAUUACUUACUUAUCUUUGGCGCGUCCAUGGUUUAGAUUACUAUGGCGUGAUUGAAACCAAUGAGGCUAAGGGUCUUCGUCAUGUGAGAGUGGAGGGCAAGAGUUACGAUGAAACAGCUGCAGCUGAGUGGGAAAAGAAAGUCGACUCAUCUUGGCAAGCAAGGUUACUUGGAGAAGAUCCAUUGGAAGUUAUGACAGGGAAGGAAAAGAUAGAGGAGGCUACUGUUGAGGGUUUGGAUCCUUUUGUCCGGAAAAUUAGAGAUGAGAAGUACGGGUGGAAGUAUGGUUGUGGAGCUAAAGGAUGCACAAAGCUCUUUCAUGCUGCUGAGUUUGUCCAUAAGCAUUUGAGAUUGAAACACCUUGACCUCGUGAUGGAUCUGACUUCUAAAGUGCGUGAAGAGUUAUAUUUUUACAACUACAUGAAUGAUACGGAUGCUCCCGGUGGACAGCCUGUCAUGCAGCAACCACUUCCGAGAGAUAUGCCACAACGGCGUAGGCAAAAUCUGGAUAACCAACGGCUAAGAGAUGAUCGUGGGAACCAUCAUCGCAGAGAUCAUGAGAGGAUUGAUAGAAAUGGUGGUGGUGAUGAAAGGUUUGACAAGACUGAGCAUUCGCCUUCUCGAGAUGUCCAGUCGAACACAACAGGUGGUGGUGGUGCUAUGGAUGGUCGUGGUGGAGAUCCUGACGAACCUAUGUAUGAUACUUAUGGUGGAGCUGGAGGACCUGGCUUGCAUGGUGCUCAAUUCCCAUCUGAUCUAGCUCCACCUCCCCCAGUAUUGAUGCCUGUUCCUGGUGCUGGGCCACUAGGACCUUUUGUCCCUGCUCCGCCUGAAGUUGCAAUGCGGAUGCUGAGGGAGCAGGGUGGUGCUCCUUUCGAAGGAACUGGUGCUAGGAAUGGACGAGUUGGUCCCCAGGUGAUCGGUGGUGGACCCACUCCAAUAAUUGCUGUAUCUCCAGCCUUUCGGCCGGAUCCCCGACGUCUUCGUAGUUAUCAGGAUCUUGAUGCCCCAGAAGAUGAAGUCACCGUUAUAGAUUACCGGAGUUUAUAGAUCUUGUUGUCAUGAAUUCAAAGAUCCGUGGAUUGUGCAGCUGCUUACAGGUCAUAGAGGAUGAGUUGGCUUCUCUCGGGUGGAGGUUUCGAGUGGAAGUUAAGAUCCUUGUGAAGGAAGUGCACAGUUUACCAUAUGCAGAUGUCAUUUUUGCUUUUCUUAUGCUGUAUUAGACGACUAAAGUCUCGUGUUAUUUCUUCAUAAUGGUAGUAUGCUGAAUAAAGUUUUUUGCUAUGAUUUGAGCAACUCAUGCAACUUGUCCCUCUUAAAGUGUCAAAAUGUUGGGUUUUUAUUUUUUUGCUACUAGUUGCCUUUCCUUGUCUACUCUGGCUAUUUUAUCAAAUUUUAGAAGAGUGGGUUACUGGUUUUGAAUUUGCAA